GAUGAAUUGAUUCACCAACGCAAAAUCUCUAUUGGAACCAAAAGGAAAAAGGAAAAGGGAAAAAAAAACCUAUUUUCUAAGGGGAAAAAGAACAAUACUUCCUCUUUGUUUUUCGUUUAUUUUUUUUAUUCUUAUCCUUUCCUUCUUGAUCCAAUGGGAAAGCAAAAUCUAACAAUGGUUAAGAUUCAAUAAUUAAAAUCCAGAUUUCAAUAAUAUCUAAGUAUGAUUCUUAAAAGUCCAAUGCAUUGGAUAUCUUUGUUAGAGGAACCAACAAAGAAAGGGAGAGUUUAAAAGAAAACCCAGAUCAAGAAAUCAAAGCUUGAAUCAGGAGGCAAAGAAGAAGAAAAGGGUUGGAUCUGAUGGUGGUUGGGGUUGGAUUGGGUGUGAAGAGGAUUAUUAAAGAGAAAGACUGUGAAGUAGCAGCAGCUGGUUUUGAUAACAUUAAGAAAGACGAUGUGUUUUUGGAUAGAGUAGAGAAGAAUUGUUUAUAUGUGGUGAGGCUGCAUAGAGAAGGAUGCAGCUUCACAUCUCGCCUAGCAUGAGAAGCAUAACGAUAUCAAGCAACAAUGGGUUUACUGACUUAAUGAAGAUCAAAGUGGCAGCUAGACAUAUUUCAUAUAGGACCCUUUUCCAUACCAUUCUCAUCGUCGCAUUCUUGUUGCCUUUUGUCUUCAUUCUUACUGCUCUUGUUACCCUUGAAGGUGCCAACAAGUGCUCCUCAUUUGAUUGUUUUGGUAGGCGGUUCGGACCGAGGUUUCUAGGGAGAGUUGAUGAUUCAGGAAAACUAGUUAGGGACUUUUAUAAGAUCUUCAAUCAAGUAAUCACUGAGGAAAUCCCUGAUGGUCUAAAGCUUCCAGAUUCAUUUAGUCAACUUGUUGCUGAACUGAAGAACAACCAGUACGAUGCAAAGACCUUUGCAUUCUCGUUAAGAGCAAUGAUGGAGAAACUUGAAAGGGAAAUUAGGGAAUCUAAAGUUUCAGAGCUGAUGAAUAGGCACUUUGCUGCAAGUUCUAUUCCAAAAGGCAUCCAUUGUUUUUCUUUGCGUUUAACUGAUGAAUACUCUUCCAAUGCUUAUGCGCGCAGACAACUACCUUCUCCUGAGCUCCUCCCUGUGCUUUCUAACAACUCUUACCAUCACUUUGUCUUGUCUACGGACAACAUACUAGCUGCAUCGGUAGUUGUUACUUCUGUUGUCCGGUCAUCACUAGAACCUGAAAAGGUCGUCUUCCAUGUCAUCACUGACAAGAAAACUUAUGCGGGUAUGCAUUCUUGGUUUGCACUAAAUCCCGUAGCAUCUAUCAUAGUUGAAGUGAAAGGCAUUCACCAGUUUGAUUGGUUAACUAGAGAGAAUGUUCCAGUGCUUGAAGCUAUAGAGAGCCAUCAUGACUUCAGAAAUUACUAUCAUGGCAAUCAUAUUGCAGGGGCAAAUCUCUCUAAUACUACUCCUCAAUCAUUCGCUUCAAAAUUGCAGGCUAGAAGUCCAAAGUACAUAUCCUUACUCAACCAUCUUAGGAUAUAUUUACCUGAGCUCUUUCCAGACCUUGACAAAGUAGUUUUUUUAGAUGACGAUGUUGUGAUUCAGCGUGAUUUGUCUCCACUUUGGGAGAUUGAUCUACAAGGAAAGGUUAAUGGAGCUAUAGAAACCUGUAAAGGUGAAGACGAGUGGGUGAUGUCAAAAUAUUUCAAAAACUACUUCAAUUUUUCUCAUCCCCUUAUAGCUAAGCAUUUGGAUCCUGAUGAAUGUGCAUGGGCUUAUGGAAUGAAUAUAUUUGAUCUACGUGCUUGGAGAAAAACAAAUAUAAGAGAAACAUAUCAUUUCUGGCUGAAAGAGAACCUGAAGUCAAACUUGACCAUGUGGAAACUUGGAACUCUACCUCCUGCUUUGAUUGCAUUUAAAGGCCGUGUUCAUCCAAUUGACCCAUCAUGGCAUAUGCUUGGCUUGGGGUAUCAGCGUAAGACCAACAUCGAGAAUGUCAAAAGAGCUGCAGUUAUUCAUUACAAUGGCCAGUCAAAACCGUGGUUGGAGAUUGGCUUUGACCAUCUUCGGCCGUUUUGGACCAAGUAUGUCAACUACUCCAAUGAUUUUGUUAGGAAUUGCCACAUUUUGGAAUCGUAGUUAAAAGCGACCAGAGGACUUUAAGAAAAACGAUAGACUUAGAAGAGAUGCUGGCAAGCCGAGUGUCGUAAGUUUUAUUGCAGCCUGAAAGUUCUCUCGAGGUUUAUUUAAGAAGGUGAGAUUAAAAAUUGACCAAGAAGGUGAUGACUUUUUACAACAGGAUUUACCCUCAUCAAUCUUAGAACUUUUUUUAGGAAGGACUUGCAUUAUUAGCUUGGGUACGAAAUUCGUUCUAUCAGUUCAUAACAUAGCAAGCAAUGUUUUGUUUUUUUGGAGCCGGAAAAGGAUUCUGAUGUUACUCUUCCUGCAAAGUUAUUGGCUUAAUGCAUAUGUCGGAAUAAGGUGCAAAAUACACAAAGAUUAUAGAAUGCUUCCACUGAUUCGUUGAUGUGGAAAGAGAAUGGCUUAGGCAAGUUAUUUGGCGAGGCAGGCUCCCACUGUCCCACAUCAUCCUAGACUAUUUUUCCCUUCCAUAUCUAAAAAAAAAAAAAAAAUCUUUUAUUGGUUUCAUUUUUUUUUCUAAGCUUUGAUUUUAAAUAUCUUGUUGAUUUUAGAAUUAGAUCAUAGAGAAUUCUUUAUUACAGCGCUCCCAUGAGCUGGGGUUUGUUUUUAGGUUAUUUAUAUGUAUAUAGUUCAGGAGAAAUGUCUACAACGUUGUGCAUAAAAAUUCUUUUCUUGUUCUUUUCCA